AUGGCGUUUCUCCAGGUGAUAGCCGACCUUCAAAAUCCCGACAAUCGUGUUCGUGGAGAGGCCGAAUCCAAAUAUGAGCAGUUGCUUCAGCAGAAUCCCGAACAAACGGCCACUGGUUUGAUGGAAAUCGUCACGCUGCCGGAGGCCAAUGUUGGCAUCAAGCAGUUGUGUCUCAUCAAUAUGAAACAACUAGUGCCAAAGUACUGGUCAAUGGGGUUUCCUAACUUCAUCGGACCUCCAUUGAGUCAGCCCUUAAAGCAGCUGAUUCGGUCUCAGCUUCUUCAAAUCAUAUCCCUGCCGGAUACGCGGAUCCGGGGCGCUGCUGCCUAUUGUAUCGUGCAAAUUGCGGCGGCAGACUACCCCGAUGAGUGGCCCACUCUUCUCGAUGACUUGUAUACUAUGCUGGUCGACUUCAACAACUCUUAUGCCGUGAUUGGGGCACUUACCGUAUUUGGGGAAUUGUUCGAUGAUUUGAUCACUGAAGACCAAUUUUGGGAGGGUGACGUGUGUAACCAAGUGACAAAGAACUUGGCAACGUUGUUCCAGUCUCCGCAAGCGAAAGCUGACGUCAAGAUGGCUGGGGUCAAGUUUUACGAACACGCCAUCUUGGCAUCUCUCCGCUCACCGGAAGCGUUUGCCAGUGAUCAACGCAAACAGAUGGUGGCUCUGCAAGUCACAGUAAUGCUCCCGUUGAUUUUACAGCUUAUCGCUGAAGUUCAACAGGCAAAUGCUAACGAUGUUGACCAAUGGUUGCUCCGGCUGUAUUUGUACAAAGUUGUGUCGGCAUUUAUCGGCAGUUUCAAUAAGCGGAUAGACUUGGUGGUGAAGCAAAAGGCUAUGGAAUUGGCAGUGACCGAUCUCCAAAGCAAUAUUGGCAUUUACCGCUCAGUCGUAGUGAACGGUGAAUCGAUCAAUGGCACCAACGCCGGCACCGACCCUACAACAGCUUUGAUAAAUAUGAUGUCGGAUAUUGUUGACACCGUUGGUCUUGCAUCACACUCUGUGGUUAUCCCCGAAGGUGCUUUAGAAGGUUUAUUUGAAGUGUUACGUCUAGGGUGUGUGUUGCCCCAGGAGCGGGUGGAAUCUUACGAAGCCGACUUUAAUGACUAUGUUACCGAUAUGACUGGUCUCUCUACCAGUGCCAGUUUAAGGGAAUCGAUCACGGAGUUCAUCACCGACGCCCCCGGCGCUCUUGCCAGUGGUUUCUGGCAACCUGCCUUAGGGAGAGUGUUUCUGACCGAAGGCUUGGACCUUGAAGCAUCGUUAUUCAUGAUGGAACAGUUAUUGGUAAAUGAUGAUGGUGAGUAUGAUCUGACUCACGCUGCGGAAAUUCUUCAGCGGCUUUCGGGGAUUUUUGGCACUAAUGAACUUGUCAAUAGUCGGCUUUUCCUCGUAUUCCCCCGGUUUUUUGAAAAGUUUGAAGAAGUUUUGGGGGUACAACUGGCGGCUAAGCCCAUUGUGGAGAUGGUGAGCGUGGCUAAGCAACUGUCGUCAUUGCUCGUGAAGAUUAGUGCCCUCGUAUCCUUCACCUACUACGUGAACUUCUUGGAUGUGAGCAAGUUAUUCUCUGCCACUGAGGGCCGUGAGGUGCAACAGGCAAUUUUUGAGGUGGCGGAUCUGCUAGUUGAAGAUUCUGAAGAGGAUGGUUUACCCCCGCUCCUCGAAGCGAUCACUGCUGCUACCAAAAUUAACCCAUCUCUGGCUACUAACGUCACUGAACUCAUCUUCAAGAUCACGCUUAAGGAUGCAGCUAACGUGCAGUUAUCUUUGGAUGCCAAGGACGCCCUCAUAGAGUUGUUGCAACUGACACCGCAAUCAGCAUACUUGCAAGUGGCGUCAACGGCUCUUCCCAUUAUCAUUGGUACCAUUGCUAAUACCACUCAAGAGUACACUCCAGAAUUGUACAUACUGUUGGAGCUUUUAGGGGUGUUGUUUGGUGACUACCCGGCGACGCAAAACUUCCCUAAACAAGUGUUUGAAGAGACUUUCCCGAUAAUAAGCAAAGUGAUCAUGGCUCUGGAUGACAACCAAAUCCUUCAGAGCGGGGCUGAAGUGUUGAACAAAUUGAUCGAACGAGCCAGUGAUUAUGUUGUCGGUUACCAAGACAGCAAUGGUAAGCUGGGCUUGGAGAUCAUUCUUGAGCUUCUGGCUCGGUUGUUGAGUCCCCAAUUGGAUGACCUGGCAGCCAUGUACACCGGGUUGGUGAUUUUGUCGCUCGUGGAGAAGUUCCAGUCGUAUCUCAACACUGACUACCUUGUCAAGAUCCUUGAUGCUACUGUACAACGGUUGGUUAUUGCCAAGCACCCAGUAACGAUAGAGAAUUUGAUUUUGGUGUUUUGCCACUUAAUCCUUUCGGCUCCUAACGACAUGGUAACCUUCCUCAAAACGACUAAAGUGCAAGUUGACGGCUCCGAACGGCCAUCGCUUGCGGCAGUGCUUCCGGUGUGGUUUGAAAGUUAUGAAGUUACUCGAGGCUACGAUAAGAUCACCAAAAACCUGAUGGCUCUCGGCAAGUUGUUCUCGUUGAAUGAUGCCGACGUGACUGCUCUCCUUGUGAAUGGGGACAUCAUCCCCUAUGAUGGCGAUAAGAUCAUCACUCGCAGCAUGAAGAAGCUGAUGCCUGAUCGGUACACACAAAUCCUGGCGAUGUUGAAGAUACUCAAGUUGUUGGUGGGCGAACUCCAGUUCCAAAUGCAACAGCCGGAUGAGAAGGACUACAAUCUCGAGCAAGACGACAAUGGCAACGAUGGAUGGGAAGACUUGGAGGAUGUCGGGGUGCCCAACUACGAAAAGCUUAAGAGCUACGUGGGAGAGGGUGACGAUGGCGACGACGACAACCAUGGCAACGAUACCUCCGACGGGUCGUUGCUUCAGUUUUUGAAGCAGUUCUUCCGUGAGUGCACCCAGAAGAACUUGGGUAACUUUGAACACUGGUUCCCGCAAUUGUCUGAUGACGAAAAGACCACGAUUAUGGAGGCCGUAGCAUUUUGA